UCAGCUUCAUUCUUUGGGUGUGAAACAAAACACAAAAGCAGCUUGGCACAUUUGCGGUCACAGUUUCUACUCCAGCGCUGCAGGCCUGUGCUGGGUCACGGGGGAGCCUGGAGGUCGUGGUGGGUUCCAGGUGGUUCUCCUGGCAGGUGGGGAUGGCAGGGGCUCUAGGAGGAUGGAGGGCUGUGUGUGUGAGUAAGUGGGGGUCCCAGGGCAGGUGAGCGGUGCUGUGUGAGAGUGAGCGGAGGGUCCCAGGGGCAGGUGUGUGGCACUGUGUGGGCAGGGGUCCCAGGGGCAGGUGGGUGGCACUGUGUGAGCGGGGGUCCCGGGGCAGGUGAGCGGUGCUGUGUGUGUGAGUGAGCUGGGGUCCCAGGAGCAGGUGAGUGGCGCUGUGUGAGUAGGGGUCCCAGGGGCAGGUGGGUGGCACUGUGUGUGUGAGUGAGCGGAGGUCCUGGGGCAGGUGGGUGGUGCUGUGUGAGCAGGGGUCCCGGGGGCAGGUGAGUGGCACUGUGUGUAAGUGAGCGGGGGUGCUGGGGCAGCAGACAUGCUCAUUGAGUUUGGACAUUUAAAACAGGAGCCAGAGCCCUUUUGAGUCACUGUGGUAGUUUGAGGUGGAGAAAGAAACGCCCAAGUCAAGGCCACCACCGGGGCGUGCAGAGGGGCAGAGCAUGGGGCAUGUUGGACAGCUGGUAGGGACCCCAUCUGUGGCGUGUGGGGGCCCAGGCUCUGGUCUUGGCUCUCCAGGCAGGAGCUCGGGGAUGCGAGGAGUGCCCCUUACUCAGUCUGCCCUUUGGUGCCCCUGUGACUGGCCUCUGCCCUGAGCCCACCUGCCCAGAGGCCCCUGCGGGGCCGAGAAGGCAGGCUGGCACCUGGGUUGGGUCCCAGGCAAACAAGAUUCAUAGAGCUACAGCCAGGGCAGGUGGCGGGAGGAAGGUCCCCGGCCCUGCUCGAAGGCGCUGCAAUUCCCUGCGGUGGCCUGGACUCUGCCCUUCCCUACCCGUGACCCCAGGCCUGAGUCAGGGGCCAUCAUGGCAGCAUUCCAUGUCCUGUGCUGAGGGCCACACACCUGGAGGUGGGAGGUAUUCGCUGAGGCCACUCCAGGCUGGGCAUGAGGGUGGGGGCACAACUUGGUGUGUGGUGGCACCUGGCCCUGCAGAGGCCCCAGCCAGCUCCAGGCUGGUACCCGAGGAGCAGGGGUCUCUCAUGGGCUGGCCUGGGCUGCCGUGACACCAUGUGCAGAUUGGGGAGGUCCAAGCUGCAGGCUGCCUUGCAGAGCUCGGGGGUCCUGAGCUCCGGGUUGGUGUCCAGCCUCCUGUGGCCGCUGCACACUGGGUUCCGUGGACAUGGCGGGGCUUUCUCCCGCCAGCACCUCGGACCUGUGAUCUUUAACCCGGGGACAAGGAGACCUGACCUCCCUGGGCAGCUUCCAGCAGGAGGGGCGGAACCCCCUCUAGCGGGGGUGCCCUCCAUGGGGGACAGGCCCUGCUCAACACACCUGUGGGCAGACGUGGCCACUCAGGACCCAGGGGAGGUGUGUUGCCACCAACACACCCAGCUUACCUCAGCCUCCAAGAGCCCAGUUGCAAAUAUAAGCUUUUUCUCACUGUCAGUGGGAAACCCAUGUGAACACUGGGUAGAACUGUCCAGAAAAUGCCAGAAAUUUCCUCCUCUGCCCCCUUGGGGCGUGGGCACGCACACACCCACAGCCUGUGUACUCUGAGCCCUUCCAGGAUCCUAUUUGAGGAGACGUGGGGAGGGAGACCGAGUGAGGGACCCUCAGUUUGAGGGCAGGUGGCCUCUCCCUCCACUCCCUCCGCCUCCAGACCCUGCAGGCUCCAUGGCUGGGAGUUUCCCCACAGGUGGGCCUCGGGCAGGCAGCUGCUUCCUGUGCUCCUGGGAGGGGAGGGGAUUUCCAGCCCCUUCCCUACUGCUCUGUCCCCCAGAGGCCUCUCUCCACUUGCAACUUAAAAAAUGAACUUUUGGAUGAUUACCAGCUCAUCACAGUUAUUUGAAAGGGGCAGAAGGGCCCAGAGAGCCCCCAGCCCUGCACCUGCUCCCCGGCUCUCCAGGCCGUUCUCUUCCUGUGAGCAACCCGUGGAACCCGGGAGCUGUCUGCCUAGAAACUUGCUAUGUGCCUGUGUAUGCACAGGAGCAUGCCUGUGCCUGUGAGUAUGCCAGGCCAGCCGGGACCCACCUAUCUCGACACACAGGCACGUGGGUUCAGGGCUUCCACACAGGGAUGUUGGGGCACAAUUUGGCUAUAAGCACCUGCUGUGCUCAGGCACACUCCAUGUGGGCCCUGGUGGUGGCCGUUUUCCUUUUUUUUUUUUUGAGAUGGAGUUUUGCUCUGUCACCUAGACAAAUCUCGGCUUUGCAACCUCCACCUCCUGGGUUCAAGCAAUUCUCUUGUCUCAGCCUCCGAGGAGUUGGGAUUACAGGCACCCGCCACCACGCCUGGAUAAUUUUUGUAGUAUUAGUAGAGACGGGGUUUCACCAUGUUGGCCAGGCUGGUCUGGAGCUCCUGACCUCAGGUGAUCUGCCGCCUCCGACUCCCAAAGUGCUGGGAUUGCAGGCGUGUCAUCCCAGGCCAGUGUGUCUGUGUCAUCAUGGCCAUGGCCACUGCUGCUCAGAGCUAGUCUUGGGCACUCAAUGGGUCAUAUGCUCCAGUGCCCACACAAUGCCACAACCCCAAAGGUCCAGACUGUAGGGGCCUCUCUUCUGGUUCAGUGCUGCCUUGGUUAACCCAUGUGCUCCAUCAACCUUUGUGCUGAGGGUUAGGCCACAGGCCAGGCUCUACUGUGCCCUGGGGUCUGAACAUAGUGGUCUUGGGCAGAAGAGGGCAGAAGGCAGAAGAAGCCAACGGGGUCCCCGGCUGGCCUGCCACCUUCCUCCUCCCCUUCCUUUGCCUUCUUCACCCCUCCCCUUCCCUCACCUCACCUCCUCCACAGUCCUUAUAGCCACAACCCACAAGGAAAAACCCAGACUUUGGCAAGAGCGGAGACGAGGAUGUGCGUGGGGGCGCGGCGACGGGUCCAGGGGCCCUGGGAGGUGGCUCUGCUCCUCCUGGGCCUGGUGCUGAGCGCCUCGGGGCUCCGCUGUGUUGGGGACACCUACCCCAGUGGCGGCCGGUGCUGUGACGAAUGCAGGCCAGGCUAUGGGAUGGUGAGCCGCUGCAGCCGCACCCAGAACUCCGUGUGCCGCCCGUGUGAACCCGGCUACUACAGUGACUCGGUCAGCGCCAAACCCUGCAAGGCCUGCACGCGCUGUAACCUCCGAAGUGGCAGUGAGCGGAAGCAGAAGUGCACAGCCACUCAGGACGCCGUGUGCCGCUGCCGGCCGGGCACCCAGCCCAUGCACAGCUACAAGCUCGGAGUUGACUGUGCCCCCUGCCCCCCAGGGCACUUCUCCUCUGGUGACAACCAGCCUUGCAAGCCCUGGACCAACUGUACCUUGGCCGGGAAGAGCACCCAGCAGCCAGCCAGCAACAGCUUAGACGCCGUCUGUGAGGACAGGGGUCCUCCAGCCACGAAGCCCCAGGGGACCCAGGCCCCCACUGCCAGGCCCACCACUGCCCGGGCCACUGAAGCCUGGCCCAGAACCUCAGAGGGACCCUCCACAUGGCCUGCAGAGAUCCCCAGGGGCCCUGCGGUCGCUGCCAUCCUGGGCCUGGGCCUGGCCCUGGGCCUCCUGGGCCCCCUGGCCAUGCUGCUGGCCCUGCACCUACUCCGGAGGGACCUGAGGCCGCCCCCUGACGCCCCCAAGCCUCCUGGUGAGUGCCAUGUGGCCCCGCCUCGCUGCUCCUGGAGAGUGGCGCCUGCCCACCAAUCUCUCCUUUUCUCCUUCUCAGGGGGAGGCAGUUUCCGGACCCCCAUCCAAGAGGAGCAGGGCGACGCGCACUCCACCCUGGCCAAGAUCUGACCCGGGCCCACCAGGGCAGGCGCUGGGCUCUUCCAGACUGGAGCCCCAGAGGUCUGCUGGACGAGCAGGGCAGGUGCCGGACACCUCCCCGACAUGCUCCUGGGCCACGCCGCGCUGUUCUAGGUGCCGCUGGCUGCUCCGGGCUCUCUCCUUACGUAUGCCAUGCAUACUCCGCACCCCGUGGGGCCCAAUAAAAACCCGGCAGACAAAGUCUCUUACGGCACCAUGGGCUGGGGGCCGCCCCUGCGGCAGGGAGGCCUGGGUCAGCCUGCCUCUGGCUGGAGAGAGGUCUUGGGCUAGGGUGGGGGUCCGGGUCUCGGGGUCAAGUGGGACCCUGAAGGCUGGUCCCUAGGUAUGAGUUCCAGACUGAGCAGGGAGGGUGGGGGAGUGAUGAGAGGCUAAGGUGGGGCAGGUUGGGGGCUCAGGGCCAGGGCCUCUGGGGUAGGGGCUGGGAGGGGCUGAGGCCUGGGAUGGGGCUGGGAGGGGCAUACAGGGUGGGGCGGUGGGAGUUCCUGGCCAGGCGCUAACAAGGGCCACAGGCCCCCAAGCCCUGGGUCACCCAAGGAGCAUGGGAGCAGCUGACCCCUGGGCCUCUGUGCCCUUGGAGGAGGAGCGCAGAGACCUGGCCCCUCUUCCACCACACCCACACCCACCUCUGCUGCACCUGGGAGGGGGUCCCUGGGCCCCUGAGCACCCUGAGGAGUCCCUUCAGGGCAGCACAUGUUCCUGCUGUGGCUGUCCAGGGCUACAGCCCCCUGGAAACCAUGGUUUCUGCUUGAGCCAACGUCCGCCCUGGGACCACCCGUCCCCGCUCCUGCGCCCUAAUCCACCAAGAGUUCUCGGCCCUGAACAAGAACCUCCACAGUGACUCCAUGUAAUGUCGUCCCACAGUGGAGAAACCUAGAUGUCUGCUAGCAGUGUGGACCUGCCAGUGCUGGCACGCUCAGAUGGGUCCCCAGCCCACAACACCAGUGUCAGAGAUGGCCCCAAAGUCCCAGAUCCAGCCCCAGCUGCAUGGGAAUCCUCACAAGCUGGUGUCCAGGAGUGGGCAUCCUUCUAGCUGGUGUCCGGGAGUGGUCAUCCUUCUAGCUGGUGUCCGGGAGUGGGCGUCCUAGCUGGUGUCUGGGAGUGGGCGUCCUUCUAGCUGGUGUCUGGGAGUGGUCAUCCUUCUAGCUGGUGUCCGGGAGUGGUCAUCCUUCUAGCUGGUGUCCGGGAGUGGGUGUCCUUCUAGCUGGUGUCUGGGAGUGGGCGUCCUAGCUGGUGUCUGGGAGUGGGUGUCCUUCCUUCUAGGAACACAGUGCUGCUUCCAGAGGGCCAGUCACACCCAAGGCCACAGCUUGGGAACCAGGCGGAGCCCCAGCGCCCGGGCCUCACUGCACUCACGUGUGGGAGACAAACAGCCAGGGCCGGGCGCAGAGGCUCACACCUGGAAUCCCAGCACUUUGGGAGGCCGAGGCGGGAGGAUCACGAAGUCAGGAGUUUGAGACCAGCCUGGCUAACAUGGUGAAACCCCGUCUCUACUAAAGAUACAAAAAAUUAGCCGGGCAUGGUGGCAGGUGCCUGUAAUCCCUGCAACUCAGGAGGCUGAGGCAGGAAAAUUACUUGAACCCAGGAGGUGGAGGUUGCAGAGAGCUGAGAUUGCACUAUUGAACUCUACAGAGUGAGACUGGCUCAAAAAAAAAAAAAAAAAAAGAAAGAAAGAAAGAAAGAAUUGAUAAUCAGCCAGGUGUGGUGGUACAUGCCUGUGGUCCCGGCUAUUUGGGGGGUCGAGGUGGGAGGUUCACUUGAGCCAGAGAGGUCGGGGCUGCAGUGAGACGUGAUUGAAAAAAAUAAUAAUAAAAUGAAACUUUAAAAAAAUGAAAUAAAAAACACAUGAAGCCUGAUAGAAGGUUUUGCCAAGGGCGUGGUCCAGCCUGGACACUCGGGCCACCGUGGCUGCUGUGGCUCAGGUCCGCAGCUGCACCUGUGCCCACACACAGCAUCCCAGGCAGCCUUUCCUCUCCGUGUCCUCCACCGACGCACUGCCCAUGGCUGUCCAGGGCUCCUGUGCCUGGCAGACAGCUCCCCUCAACACCGCGGUUCUGGACAUGGGGAACUGGCCGGAGGGUGGGAAGGGGAGCACUGCGCACAGCAGCCCACGGUGCUGCAGCCACACGUGGCCAUAAGCAAGACGCCAUCUCUGGCCUCAGGCUGCCCCGACGCCUCCUGCCUCUCCAGCUGGUUUUCUUCCCCCUUUCUGUCUCCCCUCAAACCUGUGUCCUCCACCCACUCUGCACCAGCCACAACCAUCCCCUGGCUGCACUGGGAGGUCAGAGGCCACCCUGUCCCCUCCCCCAGCGCCUUCACUGACUUUGCCAGGUUCCUGUGCAAGGUUAAGCCUGCAGUCCCUGCACGGGGUUGGGGGCCACCCCUUGAAGAGCCCCCCUCCACUAUGGGGCAGGCAAGACCAGGCCUGGAGGUAGGGACAGCGGGUGGGUGGGGGAAGGGGUCAGGUGGCCAGGACUGGAGUUGCCAGGUCCUGUGGGGCCGGCAGGUCGAAGGCUGUGGGAAAGGGGUCUCCUUCCCAAACCUGGCGCUUACACUCAUGGCUUCCUGUCUCCUCCCCUCCGGGCAGAGUCCCCACAGGCCCUGGCCCUGGGGCACCUCUUCCCCAGCCAGGCCUCCUGCCGAAACCCAGAUGGACAUGGGGUCACCUCCGCUUGGUCUCCCUGCUCACUCUCCCCGGCCCCUCACCCAACGCCAUCUCUGCUGGAAAUUCCUGCGCUAACUUUGCCCCAGGCCCUGCCUGAGCUCAGGCCUGGUGCCCAUCUGCGUCCUCACCCUGGGUCCCCACAGCUGCCCUGCCCAGCACGGAAGGGCUGCCCCUCACCUGGCCACCGCACUGUGGGCUGUUCUGUGGCGUGAAUGCCCUGUUAUUUGUGUCAUUGGUAAGUUGCUCAACACCGGAAAAUAAGAUGAGCAGAUAAAGUCACCUCCAGCCUCGAAGGCUGAGGAUAGGAGUCAUGGGAGGCCUGGGAGGGCACUGCGGCAAGAGACACAGGAAGGCGGACAGCACUCCCAAAGCUGCUCCGGGGAACGAGGUGUGGGGGCUGUUCAGGCUGCUUAAGGUGUCAGCUGCACCACGGGCACCAGGACUGGGGGUGAGCCCGAGCUGGUGCAGACUUCAGGUUUUUAAAACUGGCAGGGACUCCGGGCCUCCUCCCUGAACACCUUCGCCUGGUGUUAGGUCUGAUGGCGCCUCUUGCUACCCAGGGGCUCAGUGCCUCCCAGGCUAGGGGCUGAAUGAAGAUCUCCAGGCCCCUCAAAGAUGGGGUCCCCAGGCCCCGCUGGCCCACCCUUUCUCUGAGCAUCUGGAGAGCGUGGAGCCAUGGAGACCCCCCCACUUUUCUGCAGUGUCUGAGGGUUGCCUCUCAAGGCAGGCUCCCACAUCUUGGAUAUGAGAACCC